AUGCGAGGCUCGGAAUCCGCCACGAGCGGCCGAUAUCUGUCAAAGAGCGAUCCGGAGAUGUUCCUGAGUAGGCGUGGUUCUGUUGCUAAGCAGCAGCCAGCGUGGAUGAGGGGCAGCCGAAGCCUCGUCGGCAUCGUCAGUGUCUGCGUAGCUUCCGACGCGGCCGCCGCGGAAAACUGCCCUCCGGAAAACAGGGGAAAACUCGACCACGGACGACGCGCGUUCCCGCGACCGUCCCGCCGAACCAUAUGGAAAGCGGAGCCUGAAGGUGAUCGAAGGUACAGUUCGAUUGAAAUAGCUAUAGAUUACAAGGCGUCGGGCGAUGGGCGUCGCGACGACCGGACGACUGAUGAUGGUCCGCCGAUGAUGUAUCCCAUGGUGCAAACGCAAAAGCCAGACCGAAGGCGACCGCACAUAGCGCUCAUCGACGAGCAGCGGCUCCAGCCGCUCGAAGAGCAGGCCGCCCAAUCCGACGAGGAGACCUUGGAGGAGGACGUCGCGUCGAUCAAGAGGCGGCACCGGCGACCGUUGCACCGGCGGUUCUUCACUUAUGUCAGGGAGGCUUGGACCGGCGUCAAGUCGGCUCUAGAUUCCGAGCUCGAGGAUUUGGAAACGCCGCCUCGCUACCGGCCCGACAGUUUGGAGGCCCUUUGCAGGGCCACUCGAUUCUCCGAGGCCGAAAUAAAGAGGAUUUAUCGCGGAUUUAAGGCCGAAUGCCCUACCGGCGUCGUCAAGGAGGACACUUUUAAGAUGAUUUACGCCCAGUUCUUCCCGCAAGGAGCGAACAGUAGCCAAUACGCACAUUACGUUUUCAAUACAUUGGACCAGGAUCAUAGCGGAUUAAUUAGUUUCGAAGAUUUCGUUCAAAACUUAUCGGUACUAUCGAGAGGAUCGCUCGACGAGAAACUCCGAUGGGCUUUUUCUCUCUACGACAUCAACGGCGACGGUUGCAUCACUCGCGAUGAAAUGACCGACAUCGUCAGCGCCGUCUACGAUUUGAUGGGAAAAUUAGCCGAGCCCUGCAUCGACGAUGACACCGUCAAAGAUAAAGUCGACAGGAUUUUCCAGAAAAUGGAUACGAAUAAGGACGGUGUGGUGACGCUGGACGAGUUCCUGGAGUGCUGCCGCAAGGACGAGAGCAUAUCCUCGUCGAUGGCGGUGUUCGAUUCGUCGAUGUGACAUCCGACGUCGCCGCCCAUCCUGGUGCACGAGGAUCCGCCGGCUUGAAGGAGCUGUCGAUCGACCGGGGAUCGUUCUAAUGUUGUCCGAAUGCACUGAUCGAGCGAUUAUCGGGCGAGUUAUCGAGCAACGAACGGUGCAUAUCGAAAGGGAAUUCCUUCGAUUUGCGCCGCAAAGGGUUUGGGAUUACAGGGCCAGGACCGGCAUCGGAUGUCCUCGAAUUUCGGGAAAUCGUGUGGCGUGCUGGAUAACAAGAAAAUUCUACUGGAAGUUUUAAUCUAUUGCCGGUCCUCGAGUAUUUAGAUAAAAUAGUAUUUUCACAUCCUACUAAUCGAAAAUAUCGUUAAAUUAUGUGAACGAAACCUAUCGGAAUUCGGUGAAAUAUUCACCACAAAUAAUUAAAACUCACCGGACUUAAUAAAUAUUGUAAAAGAAAAUGGAUAACGCGAGUAUGCACAGAAAAUAUUGAAUAACGAAUAAAAUCAAUUAACUACAUAAUUGAAUAUAUAUUUUGCUAUAAAACAAAUCGUCUCGACCAAAGUAGAAAAUAAUAAACUAAACAAUAAAUUAAAUUCCCGCCGUAAUUUCUCGAGUUUCUGUUAAACAACGCUUUAGAAAGUUUUGAAUAUGAGGUUUGUUUUUAAUCGUUUCGAAGUUAUUUCAUUCGUUUUCCCUUCUCUUUGAGUUGAGACAAACUUUAAAAUUGCCAGCAGCUCUGCUUUAAGUACAGAGUAAUUUAAGUACAAAAGGUAGGUUCUAACAAAAAUUAACUCGUGAUUAUCGUACCAAAUAAAAUUUCCCAUUUGAAAUUUAGAUGUAAUUAAUGUAGUUAUGCACAUAUUAAAUUCCUCUGUAUAUAAUAGAGCUACUAAAAUAACGACCAUAUUUAAAGAAAUGGAUAUUUCGAUGUUUUAUAUAAUUGCUGGAGAUAUUCCUAUUUAUCCAUAUACUUUAGACAUAUCUGUGUUCUGUAAAAAAUACAAAAAAAAUUGUUGAUGUUCUAGAACCGUUUAAAAUAAAUGUUUUUACUCUAUCCAAGACAUAUUUCUAUCGCAGGAAAUAUUACUUGGGUAGAUUUUGGUAUUAGUUUUAUCAUCGAUGUGUGAUUAAUGUUAGGAAGACAAUAUUCGUUUCGAGUAAAUUUAGCUGAUCUACCAGUAACCAAAAUUGUCCACGCGGAAAUUGAAAUAUUAAAAGACAUUUUGGCGACUGAUUGUUUUAAAUUGUUCGCGUAAUUAAUAUGCAAUUGGAUAAAUGGACGAAUCCACUUGCAGUUUAAUUAUUUUAUAUACAGUGUUCCCUCUCGAUAUACUAUAUAAAUAUAUUUUAUAGAAGUUAUUAGACGUUGAUUUGAAUGAGACAAAAUGGUGCUUCGAUGCGAGAUAGAGUAAUAUUUUUUUGAUAAAUAGGCUAGGAUGAACAAGUAAUUUUACGAAUAAAAAUUUUAUUAAUAUUGACUGUUUAGCCUAAAUUUUAAGCGUAUGAAAUUCAUGUUCGAAUUUUUUUUAUAAAAUUAUUAUAGGCGUAAGAAAAAGGAAGCUGCCGAUGCCGGUUAGGAAAUUAAAUGAAUUUGGAUGAAUUUCCAAGUGUAUUAUAAAGUGUAAUAAAAAUUCUUAUGAACUCAAAUCACUGUGGCUUCCUCUUUUCGAAUUUUGUCAUUUUCUCUAACAGUUUAGUUAUCUUCUCCCCUCCUGAUUAAAUGUUGUAAAUCCGCACUAACAUAUCCCACAAAAAAUACUGACACCUACAAUACUUUUUUGAAAUAAACCAACCAAAUUCCACGGGAAGAAAACUGUACUGAAAUAAAUAGCAAAUGAUUUUUAUAAAUUGGAAUUCUGGAUUUUGUUAAGGUGUAUUAUAUACAUCUUUCAAAAAUUGUUGCCGCAUUUUUAUUUAUAGCCCUCUCAAAUUAAAUUCCAGGAGAAUAAAAAUUUGC